AUGAAAGAAGACAAAUCUUCACUUGAUAAAUUGAGUGGAUAUUUCAAGAAGUUAGGCUGCUCAAUCAUUCCAAACUCAGAAGAAUUGCAAGAUGACUUUGUUUAUUACAAAAUGGGUAAUUAUGUUGCCAAUCGUAAUGCAUCUCCACCAAACGAUCGAUUUUUCGAAACAAUGCCAAUCUACGUUCGUAUUGGAAUGCAUCUCUUGUUCUAUUCAGGUAAAAAGAAAUCACUUUUACGCUUUGGACGUAUAGAAAAUUUAUUGAAAAAGAUGAGCGAGCGGGAAGGUGAAAUUUACAACGAUUCAACCAAACCAGAAGAAGUACAAACAUUCAUUCAAAACUUUAUCAAAACGUAUUCUAUCGAUACGGAAGAUUUGGAAGAACAAGAUUUGACGAAGUACAAGACCCGUAAUGAGUUCUUCUAUCGAAAGUUAAAGAAGGAUGUACGACCUAUACCCGAACCAGACAACACAAAGUUGAUCGGAUCCGCAGCCGAUUGUAGAUUGAUGGUUUUUGAUAAUGCAGAUGAUGCAAAGAAGAUUUGGAUCAAAGGUCGUCAAUUCAGCGUGAAAGAGUUGAUCAACAAGAAGGGAGAUGAAACCAACAAGCUACCCGAAGGAAGCAGUAUUGCCAUUUAUCGUCUUGCACCUGCUGACUAUCACAGAUAUCAUCAUCCUGUCGGCGCUGCAAAAGUAGUCUCACAAGUACACUCGGGAGAAGAAUUUUAUACUGUCAAUCCCGAUGCUGUAAAUGAAAACUUUGACGUCUUUACCGCCAAUACUCGCGACAUAUCCAUGCUAGAAUGGACGCCAGCUGAUGGCAAGCCGGCCAUUCCGUUCGCAUUUGUAUCGAUUGGUGCUCUUUUGGUAGGCUCAAACGUGUUCACGAAUGCAACAAAAGGUUCAUCUUAUAAACGUGGUGAAGAGAUGGGUUAUUUUGCUUACGGUGGAUCGACUUGUAUCGCCAUCUUCCCACCCGACGCCAAAGUCAAAUGGGAUGAUGAUCUUUUGACCAAUUCCAACAAAGGCAUCGAAACCCUCGUCAAGGUCAACGAAAGGAUUGGUGUUUCCGAAGCUUAA